AUGGGCUCGCAGGCAAAAUACCACUGGCAGAGUCAAAAUGUGAAGCAAAGCGGAGUAGACGACAUGGUCUUGUUGUCCAAGAUCACCGAAGAUGCCAUUGUGGAAAACCUUAAGAAAAGAUACAUGGAUGAUUACAUUUUUACUUACAUUGGCCCCGUGUUGAUAUCAGUAAAUCCAUUCAAACAGAUGCCAUAUUUCUCUGACAGAGAAAUUGAACUCUACCAAGGAGCAGCUCAGUAUGAGAAUCCACCGCACAUCUACGCCUUGACUGACAACAUGUACAGAAAUAUGAUGAUAGAAGGGGAAAAUCAAUGUGUUAUUAUCAGUGGUGAAAGCGGUGCUGGGAAAACUGUGGCAGCCAAGUACAUCAUGGGCUACAUAUCCAAAGUAUCAGGAGGUGGAGCAAAAGUUCAACAUGUAAAAGACAUUAUCCUGCAGUCCAAUCCUCUCCUAGAGGCCUUUGGCAAUGCCAAAACUGUCCGCAACAACAAUUCAAGCCGCUUUGGGAAAUACUUUGAGAUUCAAUUCAGCAGAGGAGGAGAGCCUGAUGGGGGCAAAAUCUCCAACUUCCUGCUGGAGAAGUCAAGGGUGGUGAGCCAGAAUGACAGUGAAAGAAACUUCCACAUUUACUAUCAGCUGAUAGAGGGCGCAAGCGCUGAGCAAAAGGAAGCCCUGGGUAUCAUGACCCCUGACUACUACUUCUACCUCAACCAGUCUGGAACCUACAAGGUGGAUGGAACCAAUGACAGCAAGGACUUCCAUGAGACAAUGGAAGCCAUGCAGGUGAUUGGAAUCCCAGGUGACGUCCGGACCCAGGUGCUGCAGAUUAUUGCAGGCAUCCUCCACCUAGGGAACAUCACUUUCGUAGAGGCAGGGAAUUACGGGCAGGUGGAGAGCAUGGACUUGCUCGCCUUCCCAGCCUACCUGCUUGCCAUCGACCCCAACCGUCUGCAAGAGAAGCUGACCAGCCGUAAAAUGGACUCAAAGUGGGGAGGGAAGUCGGAGUCCAUCGACGUGACCCUGAACAAGGAGCAGGCCAACUACACAAGAGAUGCCCUGGCCAAAGCCCUUUAUACGCGAGUCUUUGACUACCUAGUGGAGGCCAUCAAUAAAGCCAUCCAAAAACCACAUGAAGAAUUCAGCAUCGGAGUACUUGACAUUUAUGGAUUUGAGAUUUUUCAGAGAAAUGGAUUUGAACAAUUCUGCAUUAACUUUGUCAAUGAGAAACUGCAACAAAUCUUCAUUGAAUUGACCCUGAAGGCAGAGCAGGAGGAGUAUGUUCAGGAGGGCAUCAAAUGGACUGCCAUUCAGUACUUCAACAACAAGAUAGUGUGUGAUCUCAUUGAAAAUAAACUGAACCCACCCGGUGUGAUGAGCGUGCUGGAUGAUGUGUGCGCCACCAUGCAUGCCAAAGGCGAGGGCGCAGAUGGCACUCUGCUGCAAAAACUGCAGGCGGCCGUGGGAACACACGAGCAUUUCAACAGCUGGAACUCAGGCUUUGUUAUACAUCACUAUGCUGGAAAGGUGUCUUAUGAUAUCAACGGCUUCUGUGAGAGAAAUCGUGACGUGCUUUUCCCUGAUCUUAUCGAGCUCAUGCAAAGCAGCAGUCACGACUUCAUCCGCUUCUUGUUCCCUGAAAACAUCAACACAGACAAGAAAAGCAGGCCAACUACUGCAGGAUCAAAAAUCAAGAGACAAGCGAAUGACCUGGUGAACACGCUAAUGAAGUGCACUCCUCAUUACAUCCGCUGUAUAAAACCCAAUGAGACAAAAAGGCCCAAAGACUGGGAGGAGAGCAGGGUUAAGCAUCAGGUGGAAUACCUUGGACUGCGAGAAAACAUCCGUGUACGGAGGGCUGGCUUUGCUUACCGUAGAGUUUUCACAAAAUUCAUUCAAAGGUAUGCCAUCCUGACUGCCGAGACAUGGCCCCGCUGGAGGGGUCCUGAGCAGCAGGGGGUCCUUCACCUUCUCCGGUCUGUUAACAUGGAUAAUGACCAGUACCAGAUGGGCCGCACCAAGGUUUUUGUUAAAAACCCAGAAUCGUUGUUUCUUCUUGAGGAGAUGAGGGAGCGGAAAUUUGACACUUUUGCCAGGACUAUUCAGAAGGCCUAUAGAAGAUAUAUUGCCAGGAAGAAGUAUGAGCAGAUGAGAGAAGAAGCUUCAGAUAUCCUGUACAACUCAAAGGAGCGUCGGAAAAACAGUAUCAACCGAAACUUUGUGGGUGACUACCUUGGUCUGGAACAGAGGCCUGAACUAAGACAAUUCCUGGCCAAGAGGGAGCGGGUAGACUUUGCAGACUCGGUCAACAAGUUUGAUCGAAGAUUUAAGUCCAUCAAGAGAGACUUGAUCUUGACUCCGAAGGGAAUCUAUCUUAUUGGUCGAGAGCAGGUGAAGAAAGGUCCGGAGAAGGGGCAAAUAAAGGAGGUGCUGAAACGAAAACUGGAGUUUGGGAGCAUUAGUGGCAUCUCACUCAGUACGAAACAGGACGACUUCUUUAUUCUACAUGAAGCUCAGUACGACAGUCUUCUGGAGUCCAACUUUAAAACGGAAUUCCUCAGCUUGAUGUCCAAACGUUACGAGGAUGUGACCAGGAGAAAGCUUGCGAUAUCUUUUACUGACAGACUAGAGUUCAGAGUAAAGAAAGAGGGCUGGGGGGGUGGUGGCUCCAGGGUGGUGACCUUCCAGAAUGGAAUAGGGGACCAGGCCCAGCUCAAAACAUCGGGAAAGACACUCACCAUCACAAUAGGGAACGGCUUACCCAAGUCUUCCAAACCAACGAGGAAGGGUGCCCAACAGACACGUGGCGGAGGCCGAAAUCACACAGCCCGCAAAGCGCACCAGAAUGGAGCGACCCAGUUCUCCAGAAGAACCAAACAAACAGAUAUUAUGUAUUCCUCGCCACAAAAACACGGCAAGCCUCCUCAAACGGCCCUGCCCAAAUUGGAUUUUCAGAGAACCCCCAGGAUCCCAACUCACAACCACAGUAGCUCUGGGAACAUGGACUUCCUUAAUGUCCCUGAUGAGGGCAUGUCAGGGAAACAAAGAAAGCAGAGCGUCGGUCAGCGGCCUCCUCCUGCUCCCAAGCCCCAGCCUCACCCUCAGGGGCCCCGCUGUCGGGCUUUAUAUCAGUACGUUGGCCAGGACACCGAUGAGAUCAGCUUUGAGUUCAAUGAUGUCUUUGACCUUGUCAAAGAAGAUCCAUCGGGAUGGUGGACUGGCAGAAUUCGAGGAAGAGAAGGUCUCUUCCCUGGCAACUAUGUGGAAAAGAUUUGA